CUUAGCACAUCCAGUGGAACUUUAACAACCUUCAGAUCUAAUAGUCCAGCUGUAUCACGACGACCAAACAUCUGGCCUAAUAAUAUCACAAGGCUGAAAAAGAGUAAUCGUUAUUACAACACAUUCAAAGUUAUACAAACCGCGACGUCAGGUACGAAGCCGAUAAUGAUUCGACGAAGAACUGACAUUUUCUUCAGUCUAUUCGUACCUUUGAAUUUUUUGCUUUGGCUGGGGAUCGCUAUUUACGAAAUACAAAACGAUCCAUAUAAAUCUACAGCACCCAUUCGUCGUAGCAAUUAUUACUUGGAUUUAAUCUUGCUCAGGAGCUUGGCCAACAUUUCUAUUUACUCGAUAAUAUCCAUACUAAUAACGAUAUCGUUUCUAUUCAUUGCGAGUGCACUGAAAGCCAGAUGGAUUGUCUUCGUAGCAAUAUCGUUGAUUGUUAUUACAAUCUCCAGUUUCAUUGUGCUUAUACCAUGGGAGCUAACUAUACUUAUUUUCAACAGCGCAAAGUCUCACUCCUCGGUGUUCAUUAUCGCGGCCCUGGUGGCGACACUUUUGUACCUGAGCUAUCAAGUAACGAUCUUCGUUUGUACGAAAGAAACGAACGUAAAUCUCACAGCUGAACUGAUAAGUCAAUCGUGCCCAGCGAUCCUUCAUUCCUUUCUAGCACUGUCUGUUUCUCUCGCGAUUGCUUUCCUGUCGAUCAUCGCUCUGAUGAUUACGAUGAAUACCAGCCUGAGUAAGUUGUUUGACUACUUUCCUUGGGACAAUAAUUACGGCAUUCCAGCUACUUCUCUAGACAUCUUGCGUCUGUCUAUAUUUCUCAUCGGGGGGAUGCAUCUUUUCAAUUUUAUUUGGAAUUUUGGAUUCGCGGUGACGAGCGACUACUUUGCUCAUUUUUACGCCAGAUCCGAGAACGAAAAGCCCCGAAAUGCCUACAUCUUUCAAAGUACAUCGAGAAUCGCGAAAUAUCACCUUGGUACCGUGGCGCUCUUAUCGAUGCCAAUUUUGCCAUCGGUCUGUGCCUUGAUCAUGGCUUUCAAGACUAAUCGGCGAUGCAGCACAAAAUCGACCUACGCGUCGAUAAACUUUUUCAGCAAGCUAUGCCUCAUCGCGGACAUUUCGGAUUACGCCUUGGUACAGACGUCGAUCAACGGCUACAAAGCUUUCAAGUCGAUAUCGGAAAUGUUCGAACUUGGGCAACGCAGCUCCUUACUCUUCUUAACUCUGAAUGCCAUAUCCACCAAGAUCAUCGAAAUUUGCAUAGUAUUGGCGACAAUCGUAGGCAUGAUUGUACGUUUGUGGUCGUUGCCGAUGUACCAUGACAUCCCGCUCUCCCGAAACCCUACGCAUUCCAAGCUGCACGUCGCUGACGACACGAUGGCUGUUUACCAAGUUUUCAUAGCGGCCGUCUACAUCAGUUGCAUCUGCAAAUCAGUGAUGCGCUCGGCGAUGUGUACUUUUUCAAUCUACCAGAUGAAUUGCAUUCGAAUGACCGAUACGAUGGAUGACCACAUUGCGAUAGCUGAACAGUCGAUCUAAUAAAAGGAUGCGCUUUACAUCGAUGUGUUUUCUUCGCGAUAAUCGCACAAAUAACGUAUUCCAUAUUGAUUAAUUUCACUUUUGAAAUUCCGAGAAACUAUUCUAUUUCUGUGUAUUUUGUCUAUGAGGGCCUAAAAUCUGCAUUGUUACAAUUGAAUAAUAAAAAUUAAACACAGUGAUCAAUAAGUCAUUGCUAGAAACAAUUAUAAAAUUGAAAUCAACCGAGCAACAAAAUAAGUAAAUUCAUUAUCGUAAAGCAUUAUUCAUGCGCAAAUAUAAGCUUAACGAUGGUCCAUUAGAAUUUUCUUUACUUCUCGUGAAAAAAUUAUGUUCGUUAUGUUUUCGCAAGACAUCGCGUAUAAUUUCAAAAGAGAACUUGCGCGAUUUCUCUCUCACCGAUGACUGUAGCCCUUACUCGAUUCAAUCUGCACCAAUGUAGCUACUCGCUGAGGACUUACCCAACGUGUUUUGGUUACUUCGGGUACGUCUGGUACUUGAAUAUAUAUGUAUAUAAAUUUAUUGUAUCAAUUAUAUCUUA